AUUAAGCAGGCGAAGACUUUAUUUGGCUUUGGGGAAUUCAGAUCCUCCUCGACUUGUCCCUGCCAAUAUAAACGAUCCUAAGAACCAGAGCAGGAUCCAACUCGAGCUAGCUAGCUGGGCUGGUUUCAACUUUCAAGCAAGACCAUAUAUACAUACAUUGAUCUCUGAAUCACCAUGUCAAUGGCGUCGGCUGCCGGCAAGGAGGUGCAGGGAGGCGGCGUUCCGGCCGUCGAUGCCGGCGAAGCGCGCGCUGUGCUGAGCUCCGGCGGCGCCUAUCUGGACGUCAGGAUGCAAGAGGACUUCGACAAGGACCAUGCCGCUGGCGCCCGCAACGUCCCCUACUACCUCUGCGUCACUCCCCAGGGGAAGGAGAAGAACCCAUGCUUUGUGGAUGAUGUGGCCGUGCUGUAUGGGAAGGAACAACAGUUGAUUGUGGGUUGCCGCACGGGGGUUCGGGCGAAACUGGCGACAUCGGACCUCAUAAACGCGCAAUGCGAGGAGCCUGCAAGGCGGCUACGUGGCCUUCCUGCAGAGUGCAGCGGCAGACCAGCAGCCCGCUGGGCAGCAGCAGUAGCAAAGGCAAAGCCAUGCCCAUGGGAGAUUAAACGAGCUGGGAAUUAUAUUGCUAGUUCAAGGUCCAAGCCGUGUUUUAUCCUCUGCUUUGUUCAGCCUUUAUGUGCCUGAGCUGUUUAUGUUCAUUUGAGCGAAUCUUGUAAUAAAAUGACCGUGUGUAUGUGAUGAA